UUUAAAUAAGAGGGUGAAGGGGAACCAGAAGGCACAAGGGGACUGACUCGGGAGGCAGAGAAGAUGGGCAACCUCAGCGUACACUUGCUGAUCACACUGCAAAUUCUGCCAGUUUUUUUCUCCAACUGCCUCUUCCUGGCGCUCUAUGACUCGGUCAUUCUCCUCAAGCACGUGGUGCUGAUGUUGAGCCGCUCCAAGUCCACUCGCGGGGAGUGGAGGCGCAUGCUGACCUCAGAGGGAAUGCGCUGCAUCUGGAAGAGCUUCCUCCUGGAUGCCUACAAACAGGUGAAACUGGGUGAAGAUGCACCGAACUCCAGUGUGGUACAUGUCUCCAGUUCUGAAGGUGACAGUAGUAGAAAUGGUGCCCACGAGAAGUCGGUUGAUGGAGCUGAGUGCCACCUUCUUGACUUUGCCAGCCCUGAGCGCCCACUGGUGGUUAACUUUGGAUCGGCCACUUGACCUCCUUUUACAAGCCAGCUGCCAGCCUUCAGCAAACUGGUGGAAGAGUUCUCCUCAGUGGCUGACUUCCUGCUGGUCUACAUUGACGAGGCUCAUCCUUCAGAUGGCUGGGCAGUGCCUAGGGAUUCUUCUUUGUCUUUUGAGGUGAAGAAGCACCGGAGUCAAGAAGACAGAUGUGCAGCAGCCCACCAGCUUCUGGAGCGUUUCUCCUUGCCGCCCCAGUGCCGAGUUGUGGCUGACCGCAUGGACAACAACGCCAAUGUAGCUUACGGUGUAGCCUUUGAACGUGUGUGCAUUGUGCAAAGACAAAAAAUUGCUUAUCUGGGAGGAAAGGGUCCCUUUUGCUACAAUCUUCAAGAAGUCCGGGAUUGGCUGGAGAAGAAUUUCAGCAAGAGAUGAAAUCUAGUUUAGUUGAUACAAGGUAUAACUGUCAUAGAAUUUUAUUUUAAUUAUAAAAAGGAAAGAAAGCUAAGAACUGAAUCCACUAUUUCAACUCAGUCCCAACGCCUCACAGAAAGACAGGAAUGUAUAUGCCAGAAGAACAUGAACCUCUAACAUCUCAACACUUCUUUCACCAUCCAAAUGCCAGUUGGCUUAGCAGCUUGAUCACGUCUUUUUUCUAGUGAGAAGUCCUGAGGGAACAGAUCCUAAGGUGAAGAAGAAGAAAUCAGAAUGCGUGUUUAUCUGCCUUGAGAAAGAAGUGAUCCAGCUGAAGUGUACUUUGGGACAUGAAGAAAAGACUGAUUUUCCUGAAUCAUUACUGUGUUAGGGAAACCUCUGUCUAUGUGAAUACGUGGGAUAUUGCCUUAGCAUUCCUCAGCCUGGACAGAGUCCAACUGGAAAAAUCACCCAAUGCUUAAUUAUAAUGAGUCUUACAUCCUGGCCAAGUGGUUAGGAACUUGGUGUUUAAUGUGUGAGAAGUAGCUUCUGAUGUUCAAGUUUCUGAGUAUAUAGUACUGUAUACCAGUCUGAAUGUUCCAGAAUUCACAGUAUCUUUGACGAUACCAAGAACGAUUUCUUAUCCUGAGUGUUAGAGUGAUCAUUGAAGUCUAAGGAUAGCUUUCUAGUCAGGUAGGGAAAACAUUAAAAAAAUGUCAAAUUGAAAAUCUAGGAAAAAUGAGGCAAACAGGGUAGGAGACAUCUUUGGAUUCUACUUUGAGCAUUGGACUUAUAAGUUACACAUAGACACAUGGGAACAUACUCAAGAAGAAGAAGAGGCUUGACUAAAGUAGCAUAAAGAAUAAGUAGAAAAAUAAUAUGCUUAUGACCUAGUCUUCAAUUGAGGGAGAAAGAGUGAUUUAAAUGGAAAAGCACACUUCAAUUCUUGAGAAAGUGUGUGUGUGUGUGUGUGUGUGUGUGUGUGUGUGUGU